AGUGGGCCAUGGUUAGUGCGGCGCUGUGUCUACCUGGGAGGUUAAACUCAGGGAAAAACGUGUGUAUAUUCUCAGUUUCCGGAACAUCAUUGUAGCCUUCCCAAAAGAAAGAAAAUGGAAUCCUGAAAUCGCACUUAGCUAAACAACCAAGCGUUUUUCAGAGGAUAUUUGAAGAACAAGAGGGCAGUGCGAUUACAUUGCUACAAGCAUCAGUGAACAGCAGCAACUGGAUCUUGCUGAGGAUUGGAGAACACCCCUCAACCCCCCUCCCUUCUGAACCAUGGAAGGGUCUGACAGUCUAGACCAGAGUGGCAGUGACCAGCCAGAGUCACAACGCAGGAGGCAGCUGGACCGGCUGGAUAGGGAGGAGGCCUUCUACCAGUUUGUCAACAAUCUCAGUGAUGAAGACUAUCGUCUCAUGAGAGACAACAAUCUCUUAGGCACUCCAGGGGAGGUAACAGAGGACGAACUGUUUAAUAGACUUCAGCAAAUCAAAGAUGGUCCAGAACAGCAGAAUAACACACCCAGUGCUGAAACUGGAGAAGAUCCAGUUGUACAACCAGAAAGCUCUGAGGAUCCUGCCAGUGGGGAUAGUCUCCUGGAUUGGCUGAACACAGUGAGGCGCACAGGCAACACAACCAGAACUGGUCAUCGUGGAAACCAGUCAUGGCGGGCAGUCAGCCAGACUAACCCAAACAGUGGCGAUUUUCGCUUCAGCCUUGAAAUCAGUGUGAACCGUAACCUUGCUGAGCAGCAGGCGGCUGCUGAAGGGGAGCAGGAGUCUCCAGAGGAGUCUCCAGAGGGACAAGAAGUGGGGGCAAAUGCUGAACCGCAGGUCCCCAUGGAGACAGAAGUGGUUGAAGAACCAGUUGUAGAGGAGCUGGCUGUCAUAGUGGAACCAGAACCAGAACUAGAAGAGGUUGUUUCACAAGAGAUUUUAGGAGAACCUCCCAGCUCGCCUGCUGCCCCACCAGUACAACCCCCACUUUCUCCGUCUCCACGCAGAGGACAAAGGAGAGCCCGGAGUCGCAGUCCGGAACCACGCAGGACCAGGGCCCGUACAGCAAGGAGCCGCUCUCCUCUCAGCUUGGAUCAGCUGGAUGGUCUUGCUAAUCUACGUCAGGCUCACAGUUCUCAAGGCCCUAACACUGCCACCAGUGCGCCCCCUGUGCCUCAAGUGGAGGGCAGUUCACGGACUCGACAACAUGUUCUUUCCAGGCAAAGCACUGCUGACAGUGAUGUUCAGCCACCUAGGGCUGUUGCAGAAUUGGUCCCAGAGGCCCAAAAUGUUGAAUCUCAGGAAGGAGAAGCUGCUGGGGGAGAAGGGGGUGGAGAAGGGGGGGCAGCAGGGCGCCGUCCCCCUACUAUUAUGCUUGAUCUCCAGGUGCGUCGUGUGCGUCCAGGUGAAUAUCGGCAAAGAGACAGCAUUGCCAGCCGCACCCGCUCGCGCUCCCAGAACUCAAACAACACAUUUCUUUAUGAGAGUGAGCGUGGUGGAUUUCGUAGGACUUUUUCACGCUCUGAGCGUGCUGGUGUGAGGACCUACGUCAGCACUAUUCGCAUCCCUAUUCGAAGAAUCUCUGAUGCAGGUUUAGGAGAGGCAACCUCAAUGGCUCUCCAAUCUAUGAUUAGGCAGAUUAUGACUGGUUUUGGUGAACUUGGCUACCUCAUGGAUUCAGACUCUGAUUCUUCAGAUUCAAACCGUGGAGCCAACACACCUUCAGAUCUGGGUGAAGCCCUCAACAACCCGGAUGCUACUCCUGCUGCUGCUCCUGCUGCUGAUGUUGAUGAACCACCUGUGGCUGCUGGAGUCAGAGCAAGGACAGUUGAGACUGAUACGGUUGAGGGCCUUGCCACUGUUCCACCUGCUUCUGGUGGCAGAGCUCGACCGAGACCACCUAUCAGCCUAGAGGAGCCCAGCUCAUUGCCCUUCCUACGGCUCGCCCACUUCUUCCUCCUAAAUGAUGACGAUGAAGACCAGCCCCAAGGACUGACAAAAGAGCAGAUUGACAACCUCUCCAUGCGCAACUUUGGUGAGAGUGAUGCCUUGAAGACUUGCAGUGUCUGCAUAACAGAGUAUGCAGAAGGUAACAAGCUGCGUAAGCUGCCCUGUUCUCAUGAGUACCAUGUGCACUGCAUCGAUCGCUGGCUGUCUGAAAACUCCACUUGCCCCAUCUGCCGCAGGGCUGUCCUGGUAUCGGCCAAUCGAGAAAGUGUGGUUUAGUUCAUUACAGACUGCAGGCCUUUUGUCUCAACCUAAAUCUAAUAUUCCAAGUCCAUGAGAGGCUUUUGAGGAAAUGUGUCUCCACUGUUGAAUUGUAUUUCUUUCAUACCAUUUGUGAGUUUGAUCAUAAUGCAGUUGCAGGUUUGAUAUGGGGUGCUCCAUACAGUGACAUUGGGACAUAUUCACUCUAGUAAGACAUUUAUUAAUGCAGUCCAAAGUUAGACACAAGCAAUGCAUGCUGUUUAAAUCAACCUGUAGUGACCAAGCAGUUUUUUGCACUGCGUCAAGCCAUGUGCACAAGCAGAUCUGUAUCUAAUAAAGAAUCACCGGGUUAUAAAUACUGCACACCUGCAGGUAGUUCAGGCACUUCAAAUCUCCUCUUUUGUAUUAGCUCCUCAAUGGCGCCUUUAUAUACUAUAAGUGGGGUGUUGGUACAAUUCUUAGUUACACCAAUUCAAAGUAUUAGCUGUAAAUAAGCUUGUAAAAAUAAUUUUGAAUCAUACUAUUUGUAUCAUUGAAUUGGUUUUGGACUGUAAAUGAUGUCAUGAACAUUAGGGUAGUGUUGGCCACAGUUACUCUAUCAUAGCAUCUCUAAAUUUGGUGUUAAACAAAUAGGUGGUAUCAGUGUACACAGCAGAAUUAGAGAUUGUGAUGUCCACAGGAUGUAGGACAUUAAUUGGUUUGUCAUUUACAGUGUGACUUGUACUCUCCUUUUUUGUUUACCUGAAAGAAAGAAAGACAGAAACAAACAAACUACUAUUUUGGAGUGGCAUAUACCAUGUGAAUUCUCAGUGUGCUGAAAAAAAGAAAGAAUGAUGUACAGUAAUAAGGGAAAGAGAAAUUCAGCAAGGUUACUUUUGCAAAGCACAAGUUUAUUUUGGACUCAUGACAUCUUUAUUUUCUUGAUCAUUAAAAUGAUUGAGUAGUAUUCAUACCAGAAAUUAGGGAUGUCUUAAUAUUGGUAGUAGAUUUUGGAGUUGAGAUCAAGUUGUUGGCAUGUGAAUUUCCCCACCUCGAAAAUACUAUACUAACAGGCAUGACAUUUCAGACAUUUAAAUAUAGAAGCCUUUUCUUUUUCCCCCCUCACAUGUAAAAGGACAUUUACUUUUUAAUGUAUAAACGAUUUCACAAUCAUUUUGUGCUAACAUCCUUUCGCUAGUGGUCUGAUUCAUAAUUUUGCCACUAACAUAAUGGAUCAUCUUUAUUAAUUGACUGAUUAAUUAGGUUCUCUAAGCUGGUAUUGGCAUAGUGUGAAAUGACCAGAAAAAAACUAAAUUGGAAUGUGGCCUUCUCAACCUCACCUCAAUAUACAAGAGACAAGUUAUUAAUCCAAAGGUUCGGGUGUCGGACAUUUACCAAGUCUGAAAUAAGUCACAUAAUUGUCCUGUCGCCUCAGUAAGGCUCCAGAAGAAAGUUAGGAUGCCCACCCACUGUGCUCUCUCUCUGUCUCACGAGCAGAUGCUCCAUAUCAGUGUGCAAUACAUGCAAAAGUGAAAGUACGGCAAUACAAACCACGAUAUAAAUGUAUGCUAUUCUUAAAAAACUGUUGUUAAUGGCUAAAAUCUUAAAUGAAGACUUAUUAUGUUUUAAAAUGUGUUGAAGUUCAUUUUAUUUUAUUUAGAAGUUCUGUAGAUUUUAAUAGCACUGUUGAUGAACAGGAACACUGGCUGAGGGAAGAAAAGGGCAUCGCUAUUAAUGCCAUCCUGUCAUGUUUCUUGUUUCACUGUUUUGAUGUCUUUAUCACAAUUAUUACUGCCCUUCUAGGGAAGUUUGAAUGCAAGACGUUGUCAUUGUUGAAAACCAUAAACAUGUAAAUGAAAUGUAUGUUCCCUCUUAGGCCAUGCUUUAGUUUUGGCCUUGUUCUGUGACCCACCCAGUGCAGUAUGUUAACUGGGUGUUAAAUGAAACUAACCGCUGAAUUAAAGUUGUUAUGCUACAAAAUG